CCUAGAAAGGUAAGUGGGGGUGGGCAGCACCCCCGGAGGGGCCUGCGAGGCCUGGGGGCGGAAGGGAGCGGGCAGUGCCCGCACUGGGCAGGGGUGAAACCCUCUCGAGAGUUGGCCCGGACGCGUUUCCCGCGUCCUUCCUCUUGAGGGCCCAGUACCCAGGUGGCUCCUCGUUGUGGCGUCACAGAACAGCCGACAAAAGUGAUGGAUUUCAGGGGCCAGCGACGGCGAGGUCCAGGUCAGAGAGCCGGUGGGCAGCCAGGCACGGAACCCGCUCAGGCCCUGCCCAGUCCCCGCCCCCUCCCUUCCCGAGCAGUGAUUGGCCGAGGCGGCCCCUCGUUGCUAGGACGGCACCCGAGUGCUGCCACUGGCUCCACCUCGUCCCUUCCGCCCCGCCCCUCCGUAUUCCCGGGCGGUGAUUGGUCGAGGUGCCCUUCCCGUUGCUAUGACAGUACGCAAAGGCUGCCAGUGGCUCCUCCCGCUUCGUCCGUGUCGCCUGUCCCCGCUCCCCAUCUUCCGGGCUGGGAGGGAGGCGGGACCGGCCGCGUCUCCAUGGCGACGCGGGACGCGGCGGUGGAGGCGGUUGCUACCUACCUGCUAGAGGCGCUGCGGCUGUGAUCCAGGCUGGGGCGAGACUAUGUCGGACCUGGGCUCGGAGGAGUUGGAGGAGGAGGGAGAGAAUGAUAUUGGGGAAUAUGAGGGGGGUCGGAAUGAGGCAGGCGAAAGGCACGGACGUGGGAGGGCACGGCUACCCAACGGGGACACCUACGAAGGGAGCUACGAAUUCGGUAAAAGACAUGGCCAGGGGAUCUACAAAUUUAAAAAUGGUGCUCGAUAUAUCGGAGAAUAUGUUAGAAAUAAAAAGCACGGUCAAGGCACUUUUAUAUAUCCAGAUGGAUCCAGAUAUGAAGGAGAGUGGGCAAAUGACCUGAGGCACGGCCAUGGCGUAUACUACUACAUCAAUAAUGACACCUACACUGGAGAGUGGUUUGCUCAUCAAAGGCAUGGACAAGGCACCUAUUUAUACGCGGAGACGGGCAGUAAGUAUGUUGGCACCUGGGUGAAUGGACAGCAGGAGGGCACGGCCGAGCUCAUUCACCUGAACCACAGGUACCAGGGCAAGUUCUUGAACAAAAAUCCUGUUGGCCCUGGGAAGUAUGUAUUUGAUGUUGGGUGUGAACAGCAUGGUGAAUAUCGUUUAACAGAUAUGGAAAGAGGAGAAGAGGAAGAGGAGGAAGAAUUAGUAACUGUUGUUCCAAAAUGGAAAGCUACCAAAAUCACUGAAUUGGCCCUGUGGACACCAACUCUCCCCAAAAAGCCGACCUCUACGGAUGGACCUGGCCAAGACGCUCCAGGAGCUGAGAGUGCAGGAGAACCCGGGGAGGAGGCCCAGGCUCUGCUGCAGGGCUUCGAGGGUGAGAAGGACAUGAGGCCUGGAGAUGAAGAUGCAGACGUCCUCCGGGAAGAGAGCCGGGAGUAUGACCAGGAGGAGUUCCACUAUGACAUGGAUGAGGGAAACAUUAAUUCUGAAGAAGAAGAAACUAGACAGUCAGACCUCCAUGACUAAGAUGAAGUGAGCCGAGAGGAGAUCGUAUCAUAAGAAUGCUUCUGUCACUAGCUGGGUGCGGUGCUGCGUGUAUCUAGUUCCAGCUACUUGAGAGGCUGAGGCAGGAGGAUUGCUUGAGUCCAGAAAGUGGCAGUUGCAGUGAGUGGAGAUCGCGCCACUGCUCUCCAGCCUGGGUGGCAGAGCGAGACCCUGUCUCAAAAAAUAAACAAAAACAAAAUGCUUCUGUCAGUUAACAAUCUUUAUUAGAGGGUUUUUAGUCUUUCUUUCUCAGCUGUGUGUUAAGUUGGUUGACAAAUGCAAAUAAACCUCUUUAUUAUCCUUUCUUUCUGAAA